AUGGCAACACGGUCCCUGGCGGCGGGGGCGCCGGUCGGUGCUGGAGACCGUCUCCUCGGUCGCGCGGGUGGCGUGUGGGCGGUGGAGGGCGCUCGCAGUGGUCACCCCGUCGACCCCGCGUCAGCUGAAGACGGCGUCCGACGGUCGUGCGGUACCCACCCCAAGGCCAAGGAUCUUGGCGUCCUCGUCGGCUACGCGUGCUUUGUUGGGACUCCGGCUCGGAGUCGAGAAGAGUCUCGAUGCAGUUGCAGGAGCCUGCCCCUCGGCUGCUUUAUUCCCUGCGCCGAAAGAGGUCCACCACAAAGGAAGAAGAGGGAGAGAACGGGGACAAGAAGAGGCAUCGCGAUGUCGGCCGAGACGGAGAAGACCGCCGCCGCGCCCGCGCCGGCGCCCGCGCCGCUACGGUGCCAGCGCAUAGGCUGCGAUGCCAUGUUCACCGACGACGACAACCCCGACGGCUCCUGCCACUACCACCCCAACGGACCUAUGUUUCAUGAUGGCAUGAAAGAGUGGAGCUGUUGCAAGCAAAGAAGCCACGAUUUUAGCUUAUUUUUGGCUAUUCCUGGAUGUGCCACAGGGAAGCAUACAAGUGAAAAACCAGUCACGAAAGCUGUUUCUCUUAACACCCCAAAGGCAGCUCUCCCAAAGGCAGCUCCAAUCCAGUCUUCUAACCAGGGUGUGGAAUCUGGGGCCUGCUCAAGGUGCCGUCAGGGUUUCUUUUGUUCUGACCAUGGAUCACAGCCCAAGCCACAAAAACAAGUUGCUGUAAAUGGUACAGAUGCGGAACCUAUUGAGAAAUGCUCGGUUCCGCUGCCCAAGAAAAAAGUUGAUCUGAAUGAGCCAAGGCUUUGUAAGAAUAAAGGAUGCGGCAAAACCUACAAGGAGAAGGAUAACCAUGAUGCUGCGUGCGAACACCAUCCAGGGCCUGCAGUUUUCCAUGACAGGAAGAGGGGGUGGAAAUGUUGUGAUAUUCACGUCAAGGAGUUUGAUGAAUUUAUGGAGAUACCUCCUUGCACAAAGGGGUGGCACAACGCCGAUGCCGUGUGACGCUACUUUGCAAUAAGAUACUGUCAAGCGUAAUGGUAUUUGUUGUAGUAUCUCCUAGUGCAUAAGAUUGGCAUAUUGCCACGAUUUGUGGAGAACUACGAUUGGAAGUGUGAUUUGAUGUUUGAGAAUAGGCUGGUUGAGUUUGACACUGAGUGAUUAAAUCUCAUAUGAUGUUUCAUGUAAUCUGGAACUGGAACUUGAAACCAUAUGUCAAGACUUGAUUUAAUUGUUCUA